AUGUCCCAUUCACAAACCGAAUCGUCAAGCGCAAGACCUCCUCGUCAUCGCCCUCGAGGUCUCGUCGCCUGCCGUCGGUGCAAGACCCGCAAACAGCGCUGCGACAAUGAAUUCCCAGCGUGCUCGAAUUGCCUCUCUGCGGGUGAGAAGUGCUCAUAUGGCGCCAAGCAAGCAUACCCGGCAGAGUAUGUGAAGUCGCUCGAGCGCCAAAUCUCAAGGUUACAGGAUGAGAUAGCCUCGCCGCGACAAAAUGUCGUCAGCCAGCAACAGACGCUGUCGAUGGUUGACACCCAGUCUGGCAUGAGUGAGACGGCGCCCGCUAAUUUGAACGAGACUGCAACUUCGGACUUGGAAGCUAGCGCUGGAAUUGUUGCGCCAUCCCCGGAUUCUUUUCUGGGAACAUCGAGUGGGUAUCCUCUUACGAAACUACUGCGUUCGGCAUUGCCCUCUGUAGAUGCCCGCCAAGGCGAUCGAGCAGGAGCUUCACAUCAAGUAAAUAUAGCGACACGGUCUUUAACAGGCGUGCGCGUCAAUAUAGGACAGCAGCAUGAGGGCGGCCAAGUCUCUGACGGCUCAGAUCUGCCCAACAAAGUAGUCGGCGACAAGCUUAUUGAAGCGUACUAUGCAAGGGUGCACCCCAAGCAUCCCUUCCUACCCCGAAAAAGAGUCCAGUCACUGCACGAUACUAGGCUUGAGCUCGUCCCAGCUCAUAGAGCUGUACGUUCAGAUAGCGGGAGGAAUAAAUGCGACUACGCGACCUUGCAAUUGGUGUAUGCCAUUGGAGCACGUUACUUGCAGCUAAGCAAUGAUGAUGAUCAUUAUUCAUCUCCAAAGGUUUGGAUAUACCCCAAGUAG